AUGCAGACCACAGAAGGUGUAGCGGAGCAGUCUUCUUGCUAUGUUGAUGAUAAAACAGGGCUCCCAAUCAUGAUCGCGGGGUUGCCAUAUAAGGAUCUUGUUCUCCUACUCACAGCAAUCAACGAGAGUGUUUUACAAUCAGCUCAAGCGACCGCUAGGUUGGAUCCCCUUUCCGUGCCACUUCCUGCAACUCUUCCAGCCCUACCAUCGAUCGAAGUGGGCCAUUGGCCGGCACCAAACCUGCCUCCGCCGUUGACCACCGUCGCUCCUGCCUUCCUUAGCCCGGUGAAGCAGGCGCCAAUCUCCUGGGCGUAUGUGGCAAAGCGGUCAUCGCUGCCUGAAGGAAUCUGUCGAACCGUUUGGGGCCGGUUGCAGGAGUCAGUAGGUCUCUGCACAAGCACGAGUAGCACUUCUACACAAGAUCACUCUUUGGUUAGAAUGCGCCAGCCUGGGCUUUCAGCACUAGGGGGACCGGGCGUACUCGAACCAUACAGACACUCGUUACUGUCUUCUGGGCGGACAAAGAUUUCAGUCUCCACCGCCCCUCCCACAAUCGGAGCACAACCUAAACCUGUAGUACCAGAGAUAUUGCAAAAGAAGAGGUUUUCAGAGGCGGAGGACCGACUGCUCCUGAUGGCACUUCUCCUCCAUGACGGAAAUUAUGAGCUUAUUCAAAGCAAAUACUUUCCCUUCUAUCAACUUAAUUACGUGAAAUCACGCUAUACAGCCACGCUCAAGAAGCAUGCUAUGACUAAUGCAGGUUUAGUCAAGGCUAGCGAUCUAAAGAGCAUACUCAGUGAAAAGUCUGGCACCAAGAUCCAGCUGGAGCUUUUAUAUCUAUUCCCAUGGUUGAAGUCGGCCCACAUCACAGAGGAUCUCCUGAUAGAUACUGCUAGAAAGAUAGGCUGCCUUCCAUAUCGAUAA